UCCAGUCAGUGAGGCUGCGGCCCUGUCCUGGUGAACACGCAUCCUUCACGCGCUCCUUGCUCUCCUCCUCACACACCUGCCUCCCAGCGAGGACAACUGCUCCAGUAGAGGAACCUCCAGUCUUCAAGGAUGACCCGAGGACCAACCACCGCCCUCCUGUGUCUGGCCGCCCUUGUGGUGGGUACGGCCGGCCACGGGCGGCUCAUGAACCCCCCGGCCAGGAACGCCAUGUGGAGGUACGGCUACCCCAACCCCGUCAACUACAACGACAACGAACUCUACUGCGGAGGCUACGUUGUCCAGUACCAGAAGAACGGUGGGAAGUGUGGCGUGUGUGGCGACAACUAUGUAGAGAAGGUCCCGCGCUCCCACGAGAAUGGCGGACUCUUCGGUAACGGCAUCAUCACUAAGAACUACGUCGCUGGCCAGGUGAUCGAAAUCGAGGUGGACCUGACCACCAACCACCAGGGCUACAUGGAGCUGAAGCUGUGUCCACACAACGACCGCAACACUAUCAUCACGCAGGAGUGCCUCGACCAGUAUCCCUUGAAAGUGGUCGGGCAAGACGACUCCAAGUUCUUCAUCCCCAAGGGCACUCCCAAGUCUGCCACCUUGAAAUGGAAAGCGCAACUUCCCGAGGGCGUCACCUGCAGCGCCUGCGUCGUCCAGUGGAAGUACUUCGCAGGGAACACGUGGGGCGUGGACAACACGACUGGCGAAGGGGCUCAGGGCUUAGGGCCUCAGGAGACCUUCAUCAACUGUGCUGAUAUCUACAUUCGCUCCAACACGCAGAUCGGCGCCCCCGUCGACGACAACCCCUGGGCGCUGUACUUCAGGGGAGCCUACCCCGGCCUCACCCACACCGAAGACGUCGAGCCUGAUAAGAACGGCCUCAAGCCUCUCGUUGUCAGGGCCCAGCUAUGUCUGCCCACCCGGUCGUUCGAAGUCGUCAAUGGGUCCUACCAGUGGUGCAUUCGGAACUGCCUCAAGUAUCCACCCAACUGUGAAGAAACCUUGUGCUACUGUGUGAAGGAUUGUCGAGCCAUUGGCAAACUGGCUGAGAAGAAGGACGCCGACAUCUUCUGCCACCAGAACUGUCUCGGAGUGCCCUCCUACUGCCCCAGGGACAUGUGUGUGUGUAGCUAGCUGACCCUCUGCCGUCCUCCUCGCCUGCCAGUGAGUGAGAACUACGGGCUCACCAUAGCCCGUGUUACCUGGAACUUUUUGUUCCAGGUAGCGAAUCUUUAACAACAACAGCCUGCCAGUGCUCCUACACGUCACCACACACACACAUCCAAUAUACCAUCAUGGGUCAAGUGUCAUAGGUAUCUGAAUUUAUCUGAGGGCUCUAGUGACCCCCCACAGAAGGGGGACAGGAAGCUGGUGGAUUGUCAAAAGUGCCCCGUCCUAUUAUUUCUGAGGAUUUUAUCCACCUCAAUAUUAAACAAUUUUGUUUGUUUUAUUUUGUUUUUUACAGUUACAGCUUUGGCGGAUUGGCGAUUUCAUAGAGGCAUAUAAGUGAAAAAUACAUAUAUUUUCUUGUGUGUAGCAGGUUGAGCACCACCUUAAGGACAACCUUGAGCAUCAACUUGAGCACUAUCUUGAGCACCACCUUGAGCACCACCACCUUGAGCACCACCUUGAGCACCACCACC